AUGACCAAGGCCCCUUUCUCUGUGGAGUGGUUGUCCCAGAGCAGCCAGGCCCUCAAGAGCCCCACCGAGGGCUCCCAGCACCCAUCAUCCUCGGCGGCCCUGGGCCACCGGCCCGGCCCCAGCCCCGGCUUGAGCGAACGGGGAAAGGAGCAGUCCGCCGGCCCGCGGGCCGGGACAGGCGGCAGGAGCAGGGAGCGCUUGGCGACCCCCCCCGCUGCAGGAGCAGGCGAGCGGCCGUGGGGAGCGGAGCAGCCCCCGCCGGAGGGGGGUCCCGAGUGCCCGGGUCCCGAGGAGCCCGGCGGCAGGGGCGGGCGGCGGCUGCGCACGGCCUUCAGCGCGGAGCAGCUCAGCACCCUGGAGAGCUCCUUCCAGCGGCAGCAGUACCUGGGGGCCGCCGAGCGGCGGCGGCUGGCGGGCAGGAUGGGGCUCUCGGAGGUGCAGAUCAAGACCUGGUUUCAGAACCGGAGGAUGAAGCUGAAGAGGCAGAUACAGGACCACCAGCACAGCCUCGUGUCUCCUGCUCCACUCUACAGCUACCCCGCGGGGACCCCACCAGCCCUGUUUCAGGAUGGUCUCCACUACCCCUUUGCUCCACAGCACCAGAGACUGCUGCCUUUUACCCCGGUGCCUGCUGUGCAGUUCAGCUUCUCCUUUCCCAGAUACGAGGCAUUGCAAAGCACCUACCACUUUAUGACAAAUGAGCUGCCGCUCCGCUUUGCCAUUUUCAUAAAGUUUGCUUUGGGAUUUUUAGGAAUGGCUCCAAGUGUUCCUGAUAGCAAGCCUAACAGAAACCUGCAGUUUAAAAUUCAUGAAGCUGAUGAGUUACAGCUGAAACUUCAGAAGUAA